AUGGCAUCUGACGAGUCGGAAACAGAAGAUGGCCGCUACAGUGUCGAGCUGAUACUGGCUCAAAGAGUCAUUGAUGGUACUCUCAGGUAUCUAGUAAAGUGGGAGGGUUAUCCUGAUGAAGAGUGUACAUGGGAACCAAAAGAGAACUUCACCGAUGCACAUACUAUCUUGAAAGAAUGGGCGGAGCGAAGAGCACGUGGUGAUGAGCUUAACCAAGAGGAUAUAGCUCCAAUAGAGCAAAAAAUGGAGUGUUCCAAGUUACGACAAGCAGCGGAGGCUCAGCAAGAAGAAGCAGAAUCCGAUUUCGUUGAAUCCGAAGAUGAUCGGCCACUGAAAAGAGCUAGGCUGGUACCAGACGCACCCUUGACCAGCAAAAAGAAAGGAACAGCACGACCUUCAAGGAGAAGUUCGAGCUCAAGCUUAGACCAGAGUACAGUACGUCGAAGUAAGAGUCCUGUUGUCAAAAGAGCAAGCAAGUCCAAGCCAGCAUCCAAAGUCACAAUUAAGAAAGCAGCACCUCCUCUUUUCGCACGACCUCAACCUGAGCCGUCGUUGUCAAGUACCAAUAUCCAGAAGAACACAGAUGCGAAGUCGACCGUCCGUACUAAGCAAGACAACGCCAACGUCCCCAAACCACCGAUCCUAAAGCCGCGAGCAUCAAACAUACCGAGGUCAGUUGAACGACCUCGACCUGCGCAGAUUGAAAGAGAGACAUCUCCUCCCACUUUUCACGCGCCUGAUCUAAGUCAACGCACUCGAAAGGCUCCUCAAGAUGUAACGACAAAACGAAAUGUUACGGAGUCUGCGUCAGCAAAACAACGCAAGAAAGUCGGCACUAGCUGA